AUGUCAUCUUUUCGAAUAGAUUACGUUUGGUCUUCAGUUGAUGUCAUCUCAAACUUCAUCAGUUAUAAAACAGUUCAGCUUACAUCCACUUUAACUGAUCACGCUAUAGUCAUCCUUUAUAUCGAAAACUUCUUAGAUGUUAAAAACAAUAAGAGAAAUAUUCCUUUGAAAAAGGUCUAUGACUUUGACAAAAUGACUGAGGAUAAUUGGGCAGCUUUCGCUAAAAAAACUGACGCUUUAGCUAAUGGUUGUUAUUUACAUUGCCUUAACAAUAAGACAGUACUUAACCAGAAUAUGUUAAACCAAUUUUGGGACCUUUUACAAGAGUGUAUCAUUAAGACUGCACUCUCUAUAAUCCCAUCAUACCAAUCAAAAGAACACCAUACAAUAAAGAGACCUCCUCUCUUGUCUAAGUUGUACAAAAACCUUAAGCUGCUAUAUAAACUAAAGAGAUUGGUAAAGAAAAUAGAGGUUACAUUUUGUCUUCCCCAACAUUGGUGUACUUUAGUCAAAAUUUUUACACAAUUAUGA